AUGACACUAAGAAGAAAAGCGAUCAAUUUUGACGAACAUUUCUCACAGCUUAUAGAUAUGCUGAAUGGCAUAUACUCAUUCUCGUCCAAACAGCAGCAAAUUAAGGGCAUGACAAUGUACCAAGUUGUGUAUGACAUGUGCAUAGCUAUUCCUCGACCUUUUACAGACAAAGUAUUCACAGGCAUAGCAGAAUACAUUGAUGGACAUACAGUAAAUGAAUGCAAGAUGAUGCUGACUCAUGACGAUAUUGUCACUUCCUACGCUCGAGCAUUCGAACGCUUUGCAUUGGCAGCAGAAUACAUGUCAAGGGGAUGCUGCUAUCUUGAUCGAAUCAAUACAUCUAGCUACACAAGCGGACGCAAUUCCAGUGCCCAUCAUUCGGGGAAAUACAGAAAGCAAAACGUGGAAGCGUUGGCCUUGCUGUUGUGGAAAUCCAAUGUACUGUUCACUAUUCGCGAUCGAUACCAGAACAAGCUCUUUUACCAAGUGUUUGAAUGGAUUCGACAAGACCGCGAUGGAGAUGAUGCGCCUCACAGCACGAUCAAAUCAGUCGUUACUUCACUAGUACAAGUCAACUCCUUCACAGAACAGCCCUUACAACUCUACAUUGAGGAAUUCGAAAGACCCUACUUGGUUCACACCAAAAGAUACUAUGAGGCAGAGGCUGCUCGCGAAAUUGCAUCAGGCAGCAUCAGCAAUUUCAUGCAGAAAGCCAAUGAGCGAUUACAGCAGGAGAUUAUGCGUAACAAUCAGUAUUGUCACUCAACAUCACACGGACGCAUUGUUAAAGAAUUUGAAGCUCAAUACAUCACUGCGUAUCAGGAUCGCAUCAUUGAUGAAUUUGAAGUCAUGCUCAAGGAUGAGCGUUUCAGAGAUUGCACAUUGGCCUAUACCUUGCUGAGCAGAAUUCCCGAGGGACUCAAGCCAAUCUUGGACAUUUAUGAAAACUACGUUGCGAAAUUGGGCAAAGAAAUUGUUUCCCGUUUAGGCACCAGUGUCACCAAGAAUCCUCGAUCUUAUGUGGACCAAUUACUGAAUUUGCAUUCGAAAUACUACCAUGUCAAUCAGCAAGUAUUUUCGUCAGAUCCUCUAUUCACUGCUUCUGUCGAUAAGGCAUUUAGAACGAUCAUCAACGAUACAUUAAGCGCCAAUGUGCCUGCCAACGGCCCUGAGACGUUGGCUCGUUAUUGCGACAUGAUGAUGAAGAAGAAUGCUGGCAAAAGAGAUGUAAAUGCAGGAACACCAAGCGCUGGAAGUAAGAGGAAGGGCAUCAAGAAGCCAGUUGCUGAUAUGGACGAAGGUGAUCAGGAGGAGAGAUUGAUGAAGAUGGUGACAUUGUUCAAGUAUGUCGAUGACAAGGAUGUAUUUCAAAAGUUUUAUUCCAGAAUGCUUGCAAAGCGUCUCAUUUAUGGUGCUUCGUCGUCUGAAGAGCUGGAAUUGAACAUGAUCAAUCGACUCAAGGAGAUUUGUGGUGUCGAAUAUACGAGUAAAUUGAACAAGAUGUUCACAGACAUGUCAUUGAGUAGCGAUUUGAAUGCAAAGUUCAGAGGCUACAUCAAGGGCAAUGGUCAAGGUCUAGUCAACAUGGAUAUACUGGUGCUUACUGCAGGUGCCUGGCCAUUGAAUCAAAAGGACGAUGCAGGCCCAGAUACCAAUAAACUACAGAUACCAUCCGUGCUUGAAAACAACAUCACAUCAUUUGAAAACUUCUAUGGUAAUCAAUACAGUGGAAGACGUCUAUUAUGGCAGUGGAACUUGACGCGUGGUGAAAUCAGAAUCAACCGCCUGGACAAAAACUACGAACUUCAAGUCAGUUUAUACCAAAUGAUCAUUUUACUGUUAUUCAAUCAAGGUGUAUCGCUCCCAGUCAAUGAAAUUGUCAAUCAGUCGGGUCUCAGUGUGUCAGACACAAUGAAGAGCUUGAAACCACUGGUGGAUAUACAAAUUCUAACCAUCUCAAAUCAGCACGAGGCAUUAUCUCAGACUAGCGAAAUUCGAGUCAACGGAUCAUUCACAAGUAAACGUACAAAGAUCAAGGUAGCAGCAGCAGCCUCUCAAAACGAAUCACAGCAAGAAAGCCAGGCUGCUAGAAAGUCUGUAGAUGAGGACAGGCGCAUGUACUUGCAGGCAGCCAUUGUACGCAUCAUGAAGUCUAGGCAAGUGUUGCCGCAUGUGCAAUUGAUUCAAGAGAUCAUCGAUCAAGCAAACUCGAGAUUUUCACCAUCUGUUAUUAUGAUCAAGAAAUGCAUUGAGCAAUUGCUGGAGAAGCAGUUUAUUGCAAGACAAGAGAGAGAUACAUACGUUUAUGUUGCAUAA